UUUUAAGUUAUGUUUGCGUCUAAGUGUUUUCUUGUGGCGAAUAGAUGACAGCGCGCGAGGGUUUACAACUGCUUCACACGCGACAGAGUGGAGCUGCACUUCUAUAGUUUUAUUUUUGUGUCUUUCUAUCUAUUGUGUGUAAAUAUAGUACAGAGUGGUUCUUUCAAACUUUCCCAACACUUUUACUUCCAAUGGAUAUGGCUGUGCUCAUGUGGGACAUCAUUGUUUCUCUAACGUUACUGAUUUCUCCGGAUUUGCUCUCGGCGGAUAAGAGCGGCUUCAGGAGACUGUACGUGCUUCAGACGGGACCGAGCGGUACGGACGGUGUUCACGUGAGCUCCAUUUCAUCGCUCUCGGGAGCGUCGGGACAGCCGCACGCCUACAAUGUGGAGCUCAAAGCCAGCUUCGGCGGCCAGGUCCGGACCCGCAGAAUGGGUCACCAGUCGAACCCGAACCCGAGCAUUCCGAUCCGCCAGGACGCGCAGCCUGGCCGACACACAACCAGCCAUCAUAUGAAAAUGUCAGGAGUGAAUGUCUGUGGGGGGCAGUGCUGUGUUGGUUGGAGCAAGACCCCAGGAUCUCAGCGCUGCACUAAACCUAACUGUACACCGCCAUGCAAGAAUGGAGGGAUGUGCUUGCGGCCCCACAUUUGUGUGUGUAUGCCAGGCUCUAAAGGCAAGUCCUGUGAACAGACUACUCUGCCCCCAUCCUCACAUCCAACUGGACCAUUAAACGGACACACCAAUGGUGGACUUCCAAACGGAGGUCAUACGAAUGGAUACCCCAAUGGUCAUAAUGUAGUUCCCCAGCGUCCUAUUCCUCAGCAGAUCUUCCCGCAAGGCCAAGGUCAAGUGCCGUUACCGUUGCCCGGCACCAAAGUGGGACAUCUGACCCUGUCCAUGAAGCCGUCACCUAACGGACCCAUUCCUUAUCAACAACAAGUACAAAACCCAGUUUCAAUGACGAUGCACCAGAGCAAAACCCAGAAGUUCAUGGUUCAGCAGAAAAACUACCACACUCACACGCAGAUGCACGGAGUCGGACCCACCCUGAACCGGGCCAUCCCGCUUUCAGUGGGACACAAACCAAUAAAUCUAGGGAACCACACAGGCCGGAUCAAGGUGGUCUUCACCCCGACUAUCUGCAAGAUGACCUGCACUAAUGGCCGCUGUCAGAACAGCUGUCAGCAGGGCAACACCACCACUAUCAUCAGUGAAAAUGGGCACGCUACGGACACGCUUACUGCCCCCAACUUCAGAGUCGUUGUUUGCCAUUUGCCCUGCAUGAAUGGAGGAAAAUGCAGUGCUCGGGACAAGUGCCAGUGCCUACCUAACUUUACUGGAAAAUUCUGCCAAAUGGCGAAUCCCAACAGUCACCAGGGACAACAUGCUGUCGUAAACGGACAGAAGACACAUGUCCACUCAACGCACACAUUACCCCUCACCUACGGCACUGGACAAAACCAGGGUUUGGUGAAUGUCCAUGUGAAGCAUCCCCCAGAAGCCUCUGUCCAGAUCCAUCAGGUGUCUCCGGUGGACAGUAAUGGGCAGGUGAAGAACACACACUCCACCCACUCCUUCACCUACCACAGUAGCAGCCAGAGCAUCCAACACGGUCAUACUCACAGCGGCGUCAUUUACCCCAACCAGCAAACAUACCCCCAGUACCAGCCGGUGACAUCCAAGAGCCAGUUGGGACGCUGCUUCCAGGAGACUGCUGGAAUGCAGUGUGGGAAAGCUCUGCCUGGCCUGUCUAAACAAGAUGCCUGUUGUGGGACGGUGGGCACAUCAUGGGGAUUCCACAAAUGCCAAAAAUGCCCCAAGAAAACAUCGAUUCCUUUGAUUGAAUGUCCUCUAGGCUAUAAGAGGCUGAAUGCCACUCGCUGUAUCGAUAUUGAUGAGUGCCAUAUUCAAGGAGUUUGUCCCAAUGGAAACUGCAUAAACACCAUGGGCAGCUACAGGUGUAUCUGCAACCCAGGCUUUGUGCCUGACCCCACCCUGACCACCUGCUUCCCCGAAACACCUGCUCUUCGUGAGGAGAAGGGUGCUUGCUUCCGAUUGGUCAGUUCGGGGAAGCAGUGCUUGCACCCUGUGUCCACUCAGCUGAGUAAACAGUUAUGCUGUUGUAGUGUGGGGAAGGCCUGGGGUCCUCAUUGUGAUCGCUGCCCCCUACCUGGAACAGCUGCGUUUAAAGACAUCUGUCCUGGAGGAAUGGGUUACCAUGUCACCACACCGUACAUUUACAAGCCCAAACCUCCUAAUGGACACAGCCAGACAGACGGUCACGGCCAGAGCAAGCCCACCAUCAGACACCAAGCGCCUGUGGAUCCUCCUGUGCCCUUCCCCACCCUGCAACAGCCUGUGGAAGCUCUCAGCAUCACAGAGAGGCAGCUACCUGAGGUGGUGGAGAAGGUGUCACCACCUGCUCCAGUGGCACUUCCGCCCUCCAUAGAAAGUCAGAACAUCUCCCCAACACAGCUGGCAGAGAUUGACGAGUGUCAAGUGAGUCCUGAUAUCUGUGGUGCAGGAAUCUGUUAUAACACUUUUGACAGCUACAUGUGCAUCUGUGAUGACGGCUAUAGAAUAGACAGUGAGGGCACCACAUGUGUAGAUGUUGACGAGUGUGCAGAGAGCCCAAGUUUGUGUGCUAAUGGUCACUGUCAGAACACUCCAGGUGGAUUCCUGUGUGCGUGUGAGCCUGGCUUCAUGCCUAACGAGAAGGGCAACAGCUGCUCCGAUAUCGAUGAAUGCCAGGAUGGGAGAGUUUGUCCGUCCGGUCUCUGCUAUAACACUCUGGGCUCUUUCAUGUGUUCUCCUUGUCCAGAUGGGUUUGAAGGGAGAAAUGGCCAAUGUGUUGAUAUAAAUGAGUGUUUGGAUGAAAAAGUAUGCGCUCAUGGUCAGUGCUCCAAUCAGGAGGGCUAUUUCAUUUGCACGUGUGAAGAAGGUUUCUCGCUCACACAUGACGGCAAGGCCUGCAUAGACAUUGACGAAUGCCAGGAUGACAGCGUGUGCAUCCAAGGUCACUGUCAGAAUACAGAGGGGUCGUUUAUCUGCAACUGUGAGCCCGGCUUUAUAUUGUCCUCCACAGGAGAUCAAUGUAACGAUGUGGACGAGUGUUUGGAGUUACCUCAGACCUGUGAUAGUGUGGGACAGUGCGUCAAUAUCUUGGGAUCUUACCAGUGCAACUGUCCACUGGGAUAUAGACAAGUUAACGUCACCAGCUGCCACGAUGUUGAUGAGUGUGAGGAUGAGACACAACUGUGCGUCCCCAACGGAAAGUGUUUGAACACAGAGGGUUUGUUUCUGUGUGAGUGUGAUGCCGGCUUUGUGUCCACCAGGGAUCCACCUGGCUGUGAGGAUGUAGAUGAAUGUGUGGAUGGCAGCAGAUGUGUAAAUGGUACCUGUUCAAACACAGAGGGCUCAUAUAUCUGCCAUUGUGAAAUAGGCUACCGCCUGGAGCCGACCAAUCAGACGUGCCAGGAUAUUGAUGAGUGUGCUGACUUGGCGACGUCUAUUUGUGGGGUUUGGGCCUGUCACAACACACCGGGCUCUUACCGAUGUGAGGUGCCCUGUCCACCUGGCCUUUCCCGAGGCGAACACAGCGUCUGCAUUGAUGUGGAUGAGUGUUCUCUGAAUGAGAAUACCUGUGGAAGUCAUGGUGUUUGUCAGAAUACAAUAGGCUCCUUCAGCUGCCAGUGCGACCCGGGAUUCAAGGACUCUCAAGAUGGGCAGGGCUGUGUGGAUGUGAACGAGUGUGAGCUGCUUGGUAAUGUGUGUGGUGAGGUCACCUGUGAGAAUCGUGAAGGCACCUUCUUGUGUUUGUGUCCUGACGAGAUGCAAGAAUUUGAUCCCAUGUCGGCCAAAUGCUCCUCUACACCACCAGUCACACCUGUGGAGAGGAAAGAGUGUUACUUCAACUUGAAUGAUGAGAACCUGUGUGAUAAGGUGCUGGCCAGCAGCAUGACUAAAGAGGAGUGCUGCUGUACGCUAGGAGCUGGCUGGGGGGACAACUGUGAGGUCCAUCCCUGCCCCAUACCAGGAACAGAUCAGUUCUCACAGAUGUGUCCAGCAGGCCGGGGUUACAUUCCUCCUGGAGAUCCUAUGAUUCCUACAACCAGCUUAGCAGAAAGCUUCAAAGACACAGAUGAAUGCAAACUUUUUGAAAAUGAGAUCUGCAAAGAUGGCUUUUGUCUCAAUACCCCUGGUGGGUAUGAGUGUUACUGCAAGGCCGGACUCUACUAUGAUGAGAGCAAACUGCAGUGUGUUGACACUGAUGAAUGUGUGGAUGAAUCGAACUGUAUAGAUGGUAAAUGUAUGAACACAUAUGGGUCAUAUCAGUGUUUCUGCACUCCGCCCCUGGUUCUCACACCUGACAGCGCACGCUGCAUUUUGCCCACCAUGGCAGGGCAAAGAGAAACUGAUGUGUACUCGGGUAUUUGCUGGGAGACUGUGACGGAAAGGCUGACCUGCACAAAGCCCAUUGCCAACCUACAGACCACAUUCACAGAGUGCUGCUGUUUACACGGAGAUGCCUGGGGCAUGGAUUGUGCUCUCUGCCCCCAGAAAAAUACAGAUGCCUAUGCCACUAUGUGUAAUAUUCGUCAGUUUGGUGGUCCCCGUCAGCCGUAUGGUCAGGAUGCUUUGGUCGCUGGCCCAGCUAUUGAAUACGGCCCUGAAUACGACUCUCGAUCUCUGAACCCUGACGGCACGCUGCCCCUCUAUGAAGAUUACGAAGAACCAAGAAAUCCAUAUGAUGCAUUUGAAGGACUGCGAGCAGAGGAAUGCGGUGUGCUGAACGGAUGUGAGAAUGGACGGUGUGUGCGGGUGCAGGAAGGAUACACCUGCGACUGCUUCGAUGGUUACACACUCAACAUGUCCCGCAUGGCCUGCGUGGAUAUCAAUGAAUGCUCAGAGCUGAAUACAAAGAUGUCUCUUUGCAAGAACGGCAAGUGCAUCAACACGGAAGGCUCAUAUAAGUGUGUGUGUCUGGCAGGGUUUGUCCACUCCGCCCAGCACAACUACUGUGUGCCCCAAAGACAGAAUGUAACCAGCACGAGCACGAAGUGACCAGCAGGGGGCACAAGAUACACUAAAACCACUCUUAUUUAAUCAAGGCCCAUAUACUCUGCACUGUAUAGAACAAACACCCAAAAACGAACCUAGAAAAAAAAUCCUACUUGAGAUGAAGAGUUUAAUGUGCUAUCUUAUGGUGUCUAUGAGAUAACUGUAUAAAAUAUUUGUUUUAUUGAUCUAUGUAAGUUUAUUAUUUUUACUGUAUUAUGAAGUAGAAAGACUUUUUUGGUGUGAACAUAGCAGAGGUGAUAUUUCAGCAAACUGACAAACCCUAUGACCUUAAGCUGGGGGACUGCUUUAUUUUACCCAGUCAGAGACAUCGAGCGUGUGGAUAAUUUACUAAUGCAAAAGCCAGACUCUCUCCUUAUUUUUAUUUUAGUCCCUUCUUUCAUUCUGUUUCAAAUUCAUUUAUUGGCUGAUUUUUCUUUAUCUCUCUCUUUACUUUUCUAUUCAUAUUUCACAUUUUUUCUUAAGGUCUUAGUGAGGCAGACCACAUUACAAACACACCAACCUGCAAUACAUAGAUUCAUAGGAAACAUACACAGCACAAAAUGUUUUCAGUGUCAAGUCUUUAAAAUAAGCUUUUUAUAUGAGCUGCUUUGUAUUAAUGACAGACACCAGCUACUUCUCUGUGUCUGGGACAUUAGUCCACUGCGGAUGUCUGCCCUGUGGAGCAGGCAUGACCUU